GGUCGCAAAAAUGAACAAGCUUCUAAGAGAGCUCGAGGCUUUGAAAAUCACAAAUGACAUUUCCGCAGGCGGUUUAUGGUCGGCAUGUAUCGAUCUGAUUCAGAAGACUUACGCUCCCGAAAAGACGGUCGGUGCUUGCCGACCGUGCGAGGAGAAAGACUUCAGAGAAUACAGACAAAUAGUAGAUAGAAAUUUGCGAAACAUCAGCAGAUCGUUUCAGCAAAUCGUUUACAGUCGCAACCAAGGGAACGCGCAAAUAGAUUUGAACGCAUCAGCGGUCAAGACAUUUGUCGUUAACUUGUUGUUGCUCAUUGGUGAACAUCAUGAAAAGAAUAUUUGGAACACAGCAGAGUCUGUGUCCAUCUCCAGAGAGUUAGUUGAUGGAGUUUUAGAGCUGUACAGGUGUCAAAACGUGUCUCAAGUUUUAACAGAGCAAGACAAUUUCACCACAGUAUUGUUAACAUUAAGACCAAAACUACUGAAAGAUACUUGGAAAUCUUAUCCAGCGGCUGUAGCAUGUUACAAAUGGCUUUUGUAUCAAAUUGAGAAACCUGGUUUAUACAACCAUAUCUGCGAUGUUCUUCCAACGGCUUUAAUAAUCGUUGAUGACUAUGUGCCAGAAAAUAUUGUGAUAGGUCUUGAAUGUUUACAUCAAAUUGUUCAACAUUCCCAUUUGAAGAAGGGAUUAAUAGAUACUGGAUAUGCCAAAGUAAUAUUUCAUGCUUUAGAGCGUUUAACGCAUCAGAGAGAAGCCAAAUAUGUUACAUUGGUAUAUUUGUGUAUGACAAGUUUAUUAGCUACUAUCGAACACUGGGACAAUACGUUAAAUGUGUUUGAAUGGACACAGCGUGAUGAUGUUCUAGCUGUCCUAUUAGAUAAUAUGGAAUUUGAGCAAAAUGUGGAGUUAAGACGUGUUUACAUGAUGAGUUUGUCUCAACUGUUAACUAACAUUGGUUCUGCCAAAUGGUGUGUAAGAUUAACAAGAAUACUUUCUGAAUAUUGUGAACAUCAUACAGACCUCAGAACAUUAAAAGCAACAUUAGAGACUGCCAAGACCUUCCUUCUGAUGUUUCACUUACGAUUGGCAGCUCAUUGUGUACCUCUGUACAUUGCAUUCUCAAAAUUGCAUUUUGAUCUAACAGAAACACCAGUAUUUGAUAAAGAAAUAAUGCAAAAUUUGGAGGACUGCAUUUGUUUAUUAUAUAAACCAUCUCAGAAAGUAGGUUCUGCCGUUAUAAAUGACGAUCGGAUGCAAUCAGUGAUUAAAAAUAGUUUGCAAGUAGUAUGCUUAGGUGAUACCAAAUAUUUCGAGUGAAUGAACUUAUACAAGCCUGUCCUAGAAUCGAAUCUAACGAAUUAUGGGCCGCAUUAUUUAAAAAAAAAGAAAACAUUAUUUUUUGUAGUUUCUUAGGGUAUAACACAAUAAAAUAUAACGAAUAGUACUUAG